GGCGAAAGGAUGUGUGCUUAUACAUACAGAGUGUAAAGUGUAUCAAGUGUAGAAUAAAUAGUAACAAGAAAUAUUUGUUAUGUAACUAUUAGUUUUGUUUGGUUGCUCGACAGGAGCCUAAAAAGUGUUUUGAUGAGUGCGUAUUUCACAAAAUCACAGCCAACUAAACCCUAUCUUUACGUAAUCCUGUGGGGAAGGACCCUUCCGCCAUUUAUUGGCAUAAAGACUUUGUUUGUUUCAGUUUCUAUAGAAAUUUGGCAAUCGUCCUACGCACCAGGUUACGGUUGCCAUUUGCAUAUCGAUUGAAUAUAGGAAAUGGGUCUUCGACUGGUAGUAAACUCCGUUAAAAAAGGUUACCUUCGUACGCAGUUCAGGCAGUUACGGAGAAGAGAUUCAAAGUUUAGGAAACUUUAUUUUUAAAUUCCUACACGGAAUCUUCCACUGGGAUUGAAAAUAAAUUAUAGAAUCAAUGGGAUUAAUUAUGAUUUUAUUUAUAUAAAACUAAAUCAAUCUUGUAAUACAUUUUAAUGUCUACACAGCAGCUGAAAAUAUGAAAAUAAUAAUUUUAAAAAAUGUAAUUUAAUCUAUUCUAUGUGGAAACCUCUUGAACUAUUUUCAGACAUCACAAUCCCCAAUUUCUAUAUAUUUUACGUCAAGCUGAGAGAGAUUUAUAUUUUAAGUAAUAAAGAUUAUUUAUUUAAGCUUUCCACCACUUAGACCCUUUUUGAGUCUAUGUGUUUUGAUUUAAAUAAUUUAAUUAUUAAAAAUCAGACGAGUGGUUCAGCUGGAUGCACCGAUCUAGGGUCGAAUAAACAAAGCAUGCUCGUUAAGAUCAAAAGAUUGAUGUCUUUGGGGUCGCCCGCGAGUAAUAAACUGGCAGUGCCGGCAGCGGUGCCCAAAACCCAAAUGAGCCGGUCCGCUGUGGUGGCGAGCUCUUUGAUUGGAACGCCUCUUGAUGCGACAUGCAUAUCAAUUAAUUACGCCUGUUACAUUUGGCUGGGCCUCGGUGGACACCGCGUCAGGCGGGAUUGGGUAAUGCGAUUGGGCAUAUUUCAACAGAAUACAAGACCUGGGAGCGAUUGCAAAUCGCUGGGCAGUCGGAUAUCGGACGCACUCUGACCGAACCCGUGCAGUUGGCCGAAUUUAUUCAAAUCAGUUGAAUUCCACGCGGGGAAGCGUAUAGGUGUCGUCUCUCUCCGGAUCACCGUGUCAAUUGCAAUGUGCAAAUACGUCUUAAUUGCUGCACUGGCCGUAAUGGGCUCCAUUAUCCAAGUGCGAGCCACGCUGCACGAUCUGCCCGGGGUCUUUGACUUCUCCAACGUGGAUCUGGUGAACUUCCAGUACUUCAAGAAUCUGGCAUCGCAGGAUCCCCGGACCGCCGCCACCGCCAAUCCGUUUCUGGAGCACUUUCAGAAAAAGAAGGCGGUGCUGGACUACCUCGACCGCCUGUUCUUUGGCAACUCGCCGUUUCAGCAACCUAGUGAGAUUCCCUUUGAUCCUCACUUUGGUCGCUCCCGGCGUCCAGUCUACGAACGGAAGUUUGGAUAUCGCGGAGAGCGCCUGAUCGCUGCUCUGGGAUCCGGUUACUCGAUCUCCCAGCUACGACACUUUGGAGCCAUUCCCCGGGAGUACGGCACUCCCCACUAUCCUUGUUGAGUGCGGACUGCACUUGCAAUUCCUCUAGAUAGUGUAUUUAUGGAAUAAAC